CUAUACAUUUGGUGCUGAGGAUUGGUCCUGUGUUUUUGCACAGGCUUGGCAAGGGCUCUGCCACCAGCUGCAUCAACAAACCCCAGCCCAAACUGCAUGUCUAGCCUCUGAUUCGGCACUGGUAACAGCAAAGGGCAUAAACCAGGCAACUGUAUCCCUCUAAGAGCCUAUACCUGAGUGAAAUAGUAGAUCUGAAACUUAGACAGGCGUUAGUGUCAUCUGCACAAUUUGGUAUAGCUACCAAUUGCUGGGCCCCACCUGCAACCAAGCUUGUAGAGAGAGCAGAAUCUUCAGCCCCUGGGUGAGUGCUGACCUCCCCUUCAUAAGAGAGGAGAAAAUGGAAUUCUACUCUCUCGGUCCUAGGACCUGUCCCCCCACCUAAGCAAGGGCUGCAUCUGGCACCGAGUCUAGCCUGAGAGUACCCGGGAGCUACUUAGAAACCUGAGGUAGAAUUGGCUGUCCUGAGACAGUUUGGGCUUCCACACUUCUCUGAAAAGCCCCUUUGGAAACGUUGACAAAAGUCUUCUGUCCAGAGACUUAGUGUAUCCAGGAGUGGUCAACUCACAGGACACGUGUGGCCAAAAGUCAGCUAUGAAUUGUCCCAACACAGAACUAUAAGCUUACUUAAAACAUGAAACUGGGCUUGGCGGUGCAGGCCUUUAUUUAAUCCCAGCACUCAAGAGGUUUGAGAGCAGCCAGGUCUACACAGUGGGUUCCAAGCCAGGCAGAGCUACACAGAUCUUGUCUCAAAGCAGCAACAACAACAACAAGUUAUAUACUCCCCCCUUUUUUUUUAGUUUUCUUUGGUAAUGUAAUUGUACAAUUCUCAAGCUUCAAUUGUGAACUUGUAGAUGACUAUAUCUUGUGGCAAUAUCAAAUGGGGAGACAUCCCUGCAAGUUGGCCCUUCUUUGCUUUUCUCUUGCCCUUUGCUUGCCCCUGCCCCCAAGAUCUAGCCAUGUAGCUGCAUUAAAUUGUAGAUGAGGGACCAGGCUAGCCUUGAUGAGUUUACAGUCCAUCCUCCUGUCUCCACCUCCUGAGUGCAGUGAUACAGGACACCAUGCCAGGUUUAUGAGGAACCGUGUGUGGGUUUAAGGCCCCAUUCAUGCGAGGUGAACACUACCUAUGGAGCCCCACUGCAGCUCCCAAGGAUCAGUUUUAUGUGUUGACUUCAUCUGCUGGUCCCGCCUACUCUUUCUUUUCUAGCUCUUGUGGUCCCGGGAACAGAGCAUUGUUUCUAUUUUAAUGUUCCUCACAUUCUUGUCAUUUUCACAUUUUUUUGUUUUAUUUGUUUUGUUUUAUUUUGGAGACAUGAUCACUGUUCGAUGAGCUGGGUAAAGGUGCUGCCAAUCCUGAAGUCCUGAAUUUGAUUCUUGGGAUAAAGAAGUGGAAGGAGAGAACCAGCUCCACAAGUUCUACUCCCGCGGAGGAAGAUGAGUGUAGUGACCCAGGUGGACCUUGAUCUUACUGUGCAGCUAAGGCUGGCCUUGAACUUCUGGUUCUCUGGCCUUCAUCUCCUGAGUGCUCUGAUUAUAGGAAACAAUGAAGGGAGACAGCAGACAUCUGAAUGAAGAAGAGGGUGCCAGUGGGGGUGAGGAAUGUGUCAUUGUCAAUGGGAACUGUAGUGACCAUUCCUCAGACACUAAGGAUGCUCCCUCACCCCCAGUCUUGGAGGCAAUCUGCACAGAGGCUGACAGCACACUGGAGAGCAGAGGCCGCAGAUCAAGAUCAAGGCUGUCAAAGAGGGAGGUCUCCGGCCUGCUGAGUUACACUCAGGACCUGACAGGAAAUGGAGAUGGUGAGGCAGAGGAUGGGGAUGGCGAUGAUAUUCUACUGAUGCCAAAGCUCACACGUGAGACCAAGGAGACCAGGUCACCUUCUGAAAGCCCAGCUAUGCGAACCCGAAAUAACAACAGUACCUCCAGGCUAGGGAGGCAAAGAGCCUCCCCCAGAAUCACCCGAGGCCGCCAGGGCCGACGCCAUGUGCAGGAAUACCCCGUGGAGUUCCCAGCUACCAGGUCUCGGAGGCGUCGGGCAUCAUCGUCAGCAAGCACGCCAUGGUCGUCCCCUGCCAGCCCUUCCUUCGUUGAAGAAGGGACACCUCAGAACAGCAGUUUCCCAUCAAUUGACAUGACCCAGGACAUCAAUCAGGAGAGCAUAGACACUACACAGCUGGAGGCAGAAGGCAAAGAUGGAGACAGCACUGAGUAUCAGGAUGACAAGGAGUUUGGAAUAGGUGACCUUGUGUGGGGAAAAAUCAAGGGAUUUUCCUGGUGGCCUGCUAUGGUGGUGUCCUGGAAAGCCACCUCUAAGCGCCAGGCCAUGCCCGGCAUGCGAUGGGUACAGUGGUUUGGUGACGGCAAAUUUUCAGAGGUCUCUGCUGACAAACUCAUGGCCCUGGGGCUAUUCAGCCAGCACUUUAACCUGACCACCUUCAAUAAGCUGGUUUCCUAUAGGAAAGCCAUAUACCACACUCUGGAGAGAGCCAGGGUGCGAGCUGGCAAGACCUUCCCCAGCAGCCCGGGAGACUCACUGGAGGACCAGCUGAAGCCCAUGCUGGAAUGGGCCCAUGGGGGCUUCAAGCCCACUGGCAUUGAGGGCCUCAAACCCAACAACAAGCAACCAGUGGUUAAUAAGUCGAAGGUGCACCGUUCAGGCAGUAGGAAGUUAGAGCGCAGGAGACACGAGAACAAAAGUCGAAGACGCACAACCAACGACUCUGCCUCUGCUGAGUACUGUCCCCCACCCAAGCGCCUCAAGACCAAUAGCUAUGGCGGGAAAGACCGAGGAGAGGAUGAUGAGAGCCGAGAACGGAUGGCUUCUGAUGUUGCCAAUAACAAAGUCAGUCUAGAAGACCGCUGUUUGUCCUGCGGUAGGAAGAACCCUGUGUCCUUCCACCCCCUCUUUGAGGGUGGGCUCUGUCAGAGUUGCCGGGACCGCUUCCUGGAGCUCUUCUACAUGUACGAUGAGGACGGCUAUCAGUCCUACUGCACCGUGUGCUGCGAGGGCCGCGAGCUGCUUCUGUGCAGCAACACAAGCUGCUGCAGGUGCUUCUGUGUGGAGUGUCUGGAGGUGCUGGUGGGUACAGGGACAGCUGAGGAUGCCAAGCUGCAGGAACCCUGGAGCUGCUAUAUGUGCCUCCCACAGCGCUGCCAUGGGGUCCUCAGGCGCAGGAGGGAUUGGAACACGCGCCUGCAAGACUUCUUCACUACUGACCCUGACCUCGAGGAAUUUGAGCCGCCCAAGGUGUUCCCAGCAAUUCCUGCAGCCAGGAGGAGACCCAUUAGAGUCCUGUCCCUGUUUGAUGGAAUUGCGACAGGGUACUUGGUGCUCAAAGACUUGGGUAUCAAAGUGGAAAAGUAUGUUGCCUCCGAAGUCUGUGCCGAGUCCAUCGCUGUGGGAACUGUUAAGCAUGAAGGCCAAAUCAAAUAUGUGAACGACGUCAGGAAAAUCACAAAGAAAAAUAUUGAUGAGUGGGGCCCUUUUGACUUGGUGAUUGGUGGAAGCCCUUGCAAUGACCUCUCCAAUGUCAAUCCUGCCAGGAAAGGCCUAUAUGAGGGUACUGGCCGGCUCUUCUUUGAGUUUUACCACUUGCUGAAUUAUACACGCCCCAAGGAGGGCGACAACCGUCCGUUCUUCUGGAUGUUUGAGAAUGUGGUGGCCAUGAAGGUUAAUGACAAGAAAGACAUCUCCAGAUUCUUGGCGUGUAACCCAGUGAUGAUCGAUGCCAUCAAGGUUUCUGCUGCUCACAGGGCCCGAUACUUCUGGGGCAACCUGCCCGGGAUGAACAGGCCCGUGAUAGCUUCCAAGAAUGAUAAGCUCGAGCUGCAGGACUGCCUGGAGUUCAGUAGGACAGCAAAGUUAAAGAAAGUACAGACAAUAACCACCAAGUCGAACUCCAUCAGACAGGGGAAAAACCAGCUUUUCCCUGUAGUGAUGAAUGGCCAGGACGAUGUGUUGUGGUGUACUGAGCUCGAAAGGAUCUUCGGCUUUCCUGCACACUACACAGACGUGUCCAACAUGGGCCGAGGUGCCCGUCAGAAGCUGCUGGGAAGGUCCUGGAGUGUGCCAGUCAUCAGACACCUCUUUGCCCCCUUGAAGGACUACUUUGCAUGUGAAUAGUUCUACCCAGGGCUGGGGUGCUCUUGGUCUGAGCCAGGUCCCCAGAAUCACCCCCUCCCUGAAGUCACCUCACCUCUCCCCUUUCUCAGCUCACCUGUUUGGGGCCUCACCUCACUGUGUACCUCAGCUUUCUCCUGCUCUGUGGGAGCAGAGCCUCCUGGCCCUUGCAGGGGAGCCCAAGGUGCUCUCUCCACGUGCACAGCUCAGACCUGGCUGCUUAGAGCAGCCCAACAUGGUGCUCAUGUUUUCUUAUCCUGAAACUUUAAAACUUGAAAUAGGUAGCAAGAUGGCUUUUUUUCCCUCCUGGGUUAAUCAGUCAGACGUGAUGCUAAGAUACCAAAAUGAUAGCUCUCCCAGUACUCAGGUUAAUGCUGCAAAAUCAUUUGAGAUUUUGUUUUUAAAUCACCUGUGCUCCCAUUUGCUAGAGGACGUUAGUAUCAAUGUGGGCUCAGAUGAACAAGGUCAAGAGGCCAGGAUUUUAUGUUUUGUGUUUUUUAAUUUUCCCUAGGGAUAGUAGAAGAGGAAAAGGGUGAUGUUUAUGACUUAAGUCUUAAUGGCACCUUCCCCUUGUUUUGGUACAAGGGCUGGAGUCCUGUUGGCCUUGUAGCAUUUCCCAGUAUGAUGAUGAUGUCAGCAGGGAUGAUGUCAUCAUCACAUUCAGGGCUAUUUCCCCCAAGAUUCCCUGGGCAGGGGCUCGUGUAGCUAAUCCUCAAGAAGACUGGAAUAGAAUGUUUUUGAGCUCAGGAAGCGGGGUGGCCCCUCUUCCAUGUGUGAGGGACAUGAAGGAGGGAGCUUAGCUAAACUAUUUCCCACUCCCUCUCUCCAAAGGAUGAGCCCCCUCCCCCACCUGCUCAGGUCCCCAGAUAAGUAUGAUCCCCUAAUACUUAUUGAGAAGUAGGGCCAAAAGCACAUUGUUUCCCUUAUCUAAGAGAUGAUGGGGAAAAUACAAUGAGAAACUUUGAUCUUCUGGAGAUUUUUAAAACCUUUUUACCCCAUGAUACAUUGUAUUUUUAAGGGGAUUCUUUUAGGGCAUCCCUGGAGAUGAGAAGCUGCAUUUCAGAAAUGCUCUCGCGAUGCUUUUAACACCUUUUACUCUAUUUACUGGUGCUAUUUUGUAGAAAAAGGACAACCUUGACACAUUUGGGCUUUUUAUACACUUUUUUUACAUCUCUCAGACUUCUAUUUUCAUGUUUAACAUUUUCAUUAAGGUUUUUUUGGAAACUGGAGCAUUGUCACAAGUGUUGGGAAACGGCCUUGUUUCAACAGUUUCUCUCACUGUUUAGGCAGAAAGAUAACCGAUGCCUAACGUUUACCUUUCUGUUUGAUUAAAAUUGUAUUUCUCUAA